AAAGGGGGUGAGAAAUAAAUAAAGAAAUAGGAGACCUUUUAGGACAUCAAUUCUAUUUUAUAUCUGUGAGAAAAGACUGGGAAAACUGAGGGGAAAAAUUUAUCGGGGAGAGAGAGUUUCAUUGUUCAUGGCUUCUCGCAGGAAACCAUUCAUGAGUAGCUUCAAAAAACCACCAUCGACGAGUUUUGAAGAUCUAACUCCGGUAGCAAACUCUGAUUCGCAGAAUCAUUCAGCAAACCCUUCCAAUCAGGGAUCAUCAUUUGCUUCAAUUGGUAAUCUUCAAUCAAUGAACUCGAUUGAAGAUUCAUUGCCUGGAUUUUUUGAUCAGCAUCAUUCAGAAAAUUGCUCCAAUUGGGGAUCAUCAUCUGCUUCAAUUGGUGAUCUUCAAUCACUGAACUCGAUUGAUAAUUCAUUGCCCGAAAGUUUCGAUCAGGUGGAAGGUGACCAAGAAUGUUCAGUAGAAAUUGACAAGAAACAUUUGAAAUGGAAUAAUCAAAUGGAUGUUGUUCUUAUUGACUCACUCUUGGACCAAAUGCUCAAAGGGCAAAAAAUUGGUGGUAGUUUUACAUCAUCUGCUUAUAGAGCUGCAAGCAAUGCGGUGAGUACCAAGUUUAGUGUACAUUGUAAUUCCAGUCAUGUAAGGAAUCGGUUGAAGACUUUAAAAAGGAACCUUGCAAUGGCUAAAGAUAUGUUAACAACUGAUAGUGGAUUUGGAUAUAAUCAUUCAACACAACUGAUUGAAGCUACAGCAGGUGUAUGGGCAGCUUACCUCAAGGCAAAGCCUAAAGCUUCUCAAUUUCGACAUGCUCCGAUUCAAAACUUUCAAAAGUUAUGUCAACUCUUCGAAAAGGAUCGAGCAACUGGGAGUCUUGCUAUAGGUCCAAAAGAAAAGCGACUUCGUUGGGCUGGGCAACAAAUUCUUUUGGAUGAUGAAAAUACUGAUCAUACUGAGUCACUCUCAAAGAAUUUUGAUGGGAUUGGAACUCAAGAUGACCAAACUGCUGAAGUAUCUUGUUCCUCUAACUCAAAGAAGAGAAAGAAUAAAUUAGGUGACACUCUGAGUAAGGAAAUAAGGUCAAUUAAGGAAGGUCUAGAUGCAGUUGCAGCAGCGCUUGAUCGUGGUAACCUUCGGAACUACACAAAUGGACAAUUAUUUGAGGAGAUUGAGAAGGUUAGUGGCAUGAGUGAUGCUUCUCGAAUGAAGGAGUAUCAAGUUCUUGCUAAAGAAGUGAGUGAUGCUCGAGCAUACCUAGAAUGCCCUAUUGAACGCCGAGGUCUUUGGUUGUCUGUUAAAUUCGGAUCUUCAAUCUUUGAUGUGUAGUACUAUUUUUCUUUCGUUGGUACUUUUUUAUUUGAAUAUUUUGGGGAUGUGGUGAAUCUAUGAAAAUAUCAUUAGGCUUGAAUUUUUUGUAUGUAGACUCUAUUAGUUGGUGGUGAGUCUAUUUUGGUAGAUGAAUCUGUUAUUCUGAUUGUGAUGCAUUACUGCACUAUGAUACAUUGAUAUUAUAUUUUCUAUAUUGGUGGAUGA